AGACCUGUUAUGACAAUGGAAGAUACUACCAGAUAAACCAGCAGUGGGAGCGCAUUUACCUGGGAAACACGCUGGUCUGUACCUGCUACGGUGGAAGCCGAGGGUUUAACUGCGAAAGCAAGCCGGAGCCUGAAGAAACUUGCUUUGACAAAUACACUGGAUCCACUUACCGAGUAGGGGAGACUUAUGAGCGCCCCAAGGACUCCAUGAUCUGGGACUGCACUUGCAUUGGAGCUGGACGUGGGAGAAUCAGCUGCACCAUUGCCAAUCGCUGCCAUGAGGGCGGCCAGUCCUACAAGAUCGGCGAUACCUGGCGGCGGCCGCACGAGACUGGCGGCUACAUGCUGGAGUGCGUGUGCCUGGGCAACGGGAAGGGCGAGUGGACCUGCAAGCCUGUGGCCGAGCGAUGCUACGACAACGCGGCCGGGACAUCCUACGUGGUUGGUGAGACCUGGGAGAAGCCCUACCAGGGCUGGAUGAUGGUGGACUGCACCUGCCUGGGGGAGGGCAGCGGCCGCAUCACCUGCACCUCCAGAAACAGGUGCAAUGACCAUGACACCAAGACUUCCUACAGAAUUGGAGAUACCUGGAGCAAGAAGGAUAACCGUGGAAACUUGCUUCAGUGUAUCUGUACUGGUAACGGCAGAGGUGAAUGGAAAUGUGAAAGACACACGUCCCUGCACACAACUAGCACUGGAUCUGGCUCUCCUAGCUUCACAAACGUGCAGACUGCACUGUACCAGCCCCAGCCUCAACAGCCUCAGCCUCAGCCGUAUGGCCAGUGCAUAACUGAUAAUGGAGUGGUCUAUUCUGUGGGUAUGCAGUGGCUGAAGACACAGGGCAGCCAGCAAAUGCUUUGUACCUGCCUGGGCAACGGAGUCAGCUGCCAGGAAAUAGCUGUGACCCAAACAUAUGGCGGCAAUUCUGAUGGAGAAGCUUGUGUUCUGCCUUUCACCUACGACGGGAGGACUUUCUAUUCCUGCACCACCGAAGGCCGCACAGACGGGCACCUCUGGUGCAGCACCACUUCCAACUUUGAGCAGGACAAGAGAUACUCCUUCUGUACUGAGCAGAACGUUUUGGUCCAGACCCGCGGUGGCAAUUCCAACGGUGCUCUGUGCCACUUCCCCUUCCUGUACAACAACCGCAACUACACCGACUGUACUUCUGAGGGACGGAGGGACAACAUGAAGUGGUGUGGAACCACGGAAAACUAUGACGCUGACCAGAAAUUUGGUUUCUGCCCUAUGGCUGCCCACGAAGAAAUCUGCACAACCAACGAAGGAGUCAUGUACCGUGUCGGGGACCAGUGGGAUAAGCAGCAUGACAUGGGCCACAUGAUGAGAUGUACUUGUGUAGGAAAUGGCCGUGGAGAAUGGACUUGCAUUGCCUAUUCACAACUCAGAGACCAGUGCAUUGUGGACGGCAUCACCUACGAUGUGAACCAGACCUUCCACAAGCGUCACGAUGAGGGGCACAUGCUGAACUGCACGUGCUUCGGCCAGGGCCGGGGAAGGUGGAAGUGUGAUCCUGUUGACCAGUGCCAGGAUUCCGAAACGCGCACCUUCUACCAGAUCGGAGAUUCCUGGCAGAAGUACGUCCAUGGUGUCCGGUACCAGUGCUACUGCUACGGCCGUGGCAUCGGGGAGUGGCACUGCCAGCCGCUGCAGACCUAUCCUGGGUCAGCUGGGCCUGUACAGGUGAUCAUCACAGAGAGUACAAAUCAGCCAAACUCCCAUCCCAUCCAGUGGAAUGCUCCUGAAAGAUCUCACAUCACCAAGUACAUCCUGCGCUGGAGACCGAAAAACUCAGGAAGGCAGUGGAAGGAGGCCACCGUCCCUGGCUACCAGAACUCCUACACCAUCUCAGGCCUGAAGCCUGGUGUGAUAUAUGAAGGGCAGCUCAUCAGUGUUCAGCGCUAUGGCCACAAAGAGGUCACCCGCUUUGAUUUUACCACAACCAGCACCACAGCAGUGACGAGCAACACUGUUUCAGGAGAGACGACUCUUCUCCCUCCCGUCGUUGCUACUUCAGAGUCAGUCACUGAAAUCACAGCCAACAGCUUUGUUGUGUCCUGGGUUUCUGCUUCUGACACAGUUUCUGGAUUCCGUGUUGAGUAUGAGCUGAGUGAGGAGGGUGAUGAGCCGCAGUAUCUUGAUCUUCCAAGCACAGCCACUUCUGUCAAUAUCCCUGACUUGCUUCCUGGUCGCAAGUAUAUUGUUAAUGUCUAUCAGAUCUCUGAGGAAGGAGAGCAGAAUCUAAUUCUGUCUACUUCACAGACUACAGCUCCCGAUGCACCUCCUGAUCACACCGUGGAAAGCGUAGAUGACACAUCAAUUGUCAUUAGCUGGAGCAGACCCCAGGCUCCCAUCACAGGCUACAGAAUUAUCUACACACCCUCUGUCGAAGGCAGCAGCACAGAGCUCAACCUCCCUGACACUGCAACCUCUGUAACACUGAGUGACUUGAUGCCGGGCGUUCAGUACAACAUCAGCAUCUAUGCAGUGGAAGAAAAUCAGGAGAGUGCUCCUGUCUUCAUCCAGCAGGAAACCACGGGUGUCCCACGCACAGAUGAGGUUCCUUCACCCAGAGAUCUGCAAUUUGUGGAGGUUUCUGAUAUCAAGAUCACCAUCAUGUGGACCCCACCGCAGAGCCAAGUGUCUGGCUAUCGAGUGGAAGUGAUCCCUGUCAAUCGCCCUGGCCAACACGGCCAGAGGCUGCCUAUCACCAGGAGCUCUUUUGCUGAAGUGGUUGACUUGCUCCCAGGAACAACCUAUCUCUUUAAGAUCUUUGCCGUGAGCCAGGGCAGGGAGAGCAAACCUUUGACUGGAGAGCAAACCACCAAAAGUAUUCACAUAAAUUGCAUCCUGUAAUCGAAAGUCCUGGGAAACAGAAAUCAUUCAGAGUUCCCAAGGAAAACCCUGCAGCAAAAGUCUCUUCCCACGGUGUAAAUGUGAUUCUCUUCUUGGCCUUAAAAAGCAGUCCACAA